AUGGACAUGAGCCUCGAGCACUCGAGCUCUCCCUCCUCCUCAUCCACGACCGAGCGCGCCGGAACGGCGUGGCCGUGGCCGCCGAAGCGCCCCGCUGGCCGCACUAAGUUCCGGGAGACGCGGCACCCCGUGUUCCGCGGCGUGCGCCGCCGUGGCAGCGCCGGCCGGUGGGUCUGCGAGGUGCGCGUGCCCGGGGAGCGCGGCACGCGCCUCUGGCUCGGGACGUACAUCACGGCCGAGGCGGCCGCGCGCGCACACGACGCCGCCAUGCUCAUGCUCCGGGGCCGCUCCGCCGCGUGCCUCAACUUCCGGGACUCCGCGUGGCUGCUCGCGGUGCCGCCCGCGUUCACCAACCUCUCUGACGUCCGGCGCGCGGCCGUCCAGGCCGUCGCGGACUUCCUGCGCCGUCCGGAGGCCACCAGUGCCGCUGCCGCGGUGCAGGAGGUCACCUCCAGCGUGUCCGCCCCGUCGUCGGCAGUGUGUAGUGUGCCCUCGUCAGAGACGGCGCAGGCUUCCGCUGAUGCCGCUUUUGAGGCGCCGGCCGCACUGGACAUGGACGUGUUCGACCUUGACUGCUUGUUUGGGGAAACGGAUUCCGAUGCGUACUACUACGCGAACCUUGCGCAGGGGCUGCUCAUGGAGCCACCGCCGACUCUGGCCACCGGGUCGUACUGGGACAAUGGAGACUGCGCCGACGGCGGAGCCGGAGCUGAUGUCGCGCUCUGGAGUUACUAGUAUUACUAAUAUCAACAAUC